AUGGCACCAUGGCUGCAAUUAGCAGUUUUGCCUCCAGCGCUGCUCCUCUUGAUCUCUGCCUCCAUACCCCAGGCUGCUCCACAGAACGUAAACCUGCGGUGGCCGUACAAUCUCGCGCCCGACUCGAAAUACUACCCCGAAGAUGAAGUUCUAAUCAAGAGAGACAUUGACAUACAGCAGAAGUUACAAAGGAGCUCUCCGACUGGAGUAAAGAAGCUGAAUGGUGACCCAGGCGAGAAGUUCUACAUGGAUUAUUGGGCAUUUGAGGAAGAGCAAGAGGAGGCUUGGGACGGUCAUACGAUUUGGUCGAAUUCCACAUUUUGCGUGUCCGUCGACCUGCCCGUCCGAGCUGGCACUUGUUUUCAAAACGAGCAUUUCAAUGUCCCGCAGGGACCUCUGCCUGCACAUCCAUUGACCGACCCAACAGCUGUUGUGCAGCAGGAUACACCUGUCAACUCGUUCAGGAGUCGAGCUCCAGUGAGGGCGACGUGGGAUGCUGUCCCAACGGUCAAACCUGCGGCAAUGCACUUUCCACGAACUGCGCGAGUGGACAAAUACAGCGACCGCAUCAGCCACUCCGCUGGGUCCGAGUACUACGACUGUGACGAGUUAUACGACGGUCACGCCAUCUCAGCCUACCUCUCCUACAACAAGCUCAAGGCAGUCAGCAACUCCGACAUCGACCUCGAGCUCCAACGUCACCCCGCUUCCACCACUUGUCUCAACUGUCACGAUAACCAGGACGGUGACGUCUUCAGCCUCGCUUUCCCUCACAUGUUCCACGGGUUUCCGAUCCUGUCCGGCGAGUCUCGGAGGUGGCUGUUGUCCGACAGACCGCGCGUGUGGGUCUGCCAAUUGCCCUGCCUUGUCAACAUCGACAACCUCCUCUCAAUCGAGCGGUACACCGGAACCCCCGGUCCGACCGACCAGCUUGACAACGACGGUGGAAAUUACAACCACAACGACCACGCCUUCGAGUUCCCUGUCCUAUCCGGUCACGGGCUGUCCAACUGGGUUCUAUGCCUGCUCUGCAUACCACCAGGGCGGAUGCUGUCAAAUCGGGCGAGACUGCGACACAACGCCACGGGAGCAUGGAAGCAAGUCAAGAUCAUCUCCUCUCUAGUGUCCCGCCUCGUGCUUGGAAAAUCUCUACAUGGUACACUGAAAGCCACCCGCUGGAUUCUCAACUGCGUUCACUACACGUCGCCUUUCUUCAAGGUCCACGGUCUGCAAGUUACCGGCGGGUCCGGCAGUUUUAGAUUCUUUCUUCGCGAGCAAACAAGUCAUCUUGCGAUGUACUCAAGUCUUCAUCCUUUCCUUCCUACCACAUCACCAGUCAUGUUGGGACCUUCCAGCGAGACAGGCGCGUGCAGCUUCUUUCCAAUCGGCAACACUCCGCCUGUGGACUUGAGAGAGUCACUUCCUCCGGGUCAAGAUGCGGCGAUACUUUUGCCAGGCUGUGGUGAUGUUCGUAACGUUCUCUUCACGAGCUAUGUUCGACCAGCGAGAGACACGAGCAAGCUUGACAUAACGUGCUGCGACCUGAACGGCGAAAUCAUCGGGCGAAAUACCCUUGUUUUCACCCUCAUUCUCGACGAUGUUGAUGGCCGAAAUUCCGACCUGCUCUGGAACAUCUACUACCACCCGAAAGUCGAUGACGCGGCUCUACAGCUGCUGCGCAAGCAAGCGCAGAAGCUGGCCGGUCUGGUGGGAACCCUUGAGCAAUGGAACAGCGGUCCUUAUGGUGCGUCACUUCGCUUUUGCGGUCAGAUCAGCUUCGAGGUAGUUGCUGAGCUCUGGCGUUUCUAUGGCAUUUGCCCUUCGCAGCCACUCCAGUAUCGAGCGCAGCAGAGACGGCUCAAGGAAUCGUGGGAAAGAGCACAGAAAAACAGACGAUCAUCCCAGAGCAUCACAAACACUUCCGGUCUCCGCUCUGUAGCCCCUUGCGGUCUGCUCAUGAAGGAUUUCGACAAAUUCGCAAAGCAGUUCUGA